UUCGAAACUGUUCCAUCGGGUUUUAAAAAGGACGCGCUUCGUGACAAAUCAUUCAGUUUUAAUUGUUUAGUCAGUUUUUACCUUGGAAACAAUUAAACGACAGUCAAGGCGAGUUAGGUUAGCGUUUUUGACGUUGACAAUAAAAGUGUGUUCCCGAAUUUCGUUACAAUAUGUUAACAUGGAUAAUAUUGACGUCAUUCCUGUGUAGAAUAUUAUCUGUGUGCCCAUAGGCGAUAAAGAUAAAGAGUUCUACGUCAAACCCAAGGAUAUCAUGCCUGAAAAAACUUCUGAUGAGGAAACAGAUACAGAGUUCAACAUAGAGUCUCAUCAGCAGGUAAUACCUGAUAUACUUUCAUCAACUUCUUAUCAUAAUGAAAAGGACACAGAUACUAAGCUUAACGUAGAACCUUGGGAGAUUACACCUGAAACAUUAUGUUCUCAUAAUGAAACGAACACAAAUACCAAGCUCAACGUAGAAGAAUCAGGGGAGACUUUAACUGAAACAUCAUCAUCAACUUUGUAUGAUGAAAAUAAAACAGAUACCGACUUAAACAUAGAGUCCCGGGAGGUAACACCUGAAACAGUACCAACGUCUCACGCUGAAAAGGAAACAGUUUUGCAACACCAAUCUAGUGAAGAAUUAAUACAAGAAUCCCUUUUAGAAAUUAACCAAUCUCAUAAUCAAAAUCAAGGCUCGUUUCUUCGUCAUUUGAUGUAUCCAGAACCUGUGACAUAUAAAAAGAAAGUCAGCAGCAAAGAAAAAUUACCAAGCGCUAUUUCGUCUGUAGCAUGAAGAAGACAUUACGAGGAAAAGGAUAGUGUUAAAAGAAAAAAGGCAGACGAAAUUGAAAAAAGAAAACAGAAUAGAAUGUCUGCCCAAAAACUUCGAUUAACAGAAAAAAAGAAAAUCAAUGUUAGAACGACCGCCAGAUGUUAAAAAGGCAGACAAUGUUCAAGACAGCACUCACGAAAGGGCUGAAAGGAAGGAAAUAAAAAAAUGUAUUACUUGUAAUGAAGAUUUAGUAAGCGACACAGAAAUAGACGAUGAAAAGAACAUUGGAUGUGAUAAGUGCACAAACUGAUUUCACUUGCGAUGCACAGAGUUUAUUGGAAUGACAUACAUUGAAGCAGCAUCAAAAGAUUAUAUUUUUUUUGUUGCUCUUAGUUUCUCUGCUUGCACUCUUUUAUAGCUUCAUUUUUUUUUGUUCCUUUUUUACCAAAAAUUCAUGGAAUAAAAAUUUUAGUUCCUGCUA